AGCCGUUGUUGUACCCUAUGCUACUGAACAGAUUUACCGCGAUACAAACUGGCUUCCCACUGGCCUUAACCGCCAGAAAAGAUGCUUUUUCAUGGGACUGAAACGAUAAAACAAACACCGGGACGUCUGGGAAAACUUUACCCAACUGUGCCCAAACUUUGAUGAGACCACAAACCAAGUGUAGUUUCGAGUGUGUUAGCAUUGUUUUAUUAUCUCCCCACUAUUUUGCCACUAGUCGAGGGUUUUCAUCCUUUUUUUUUUUUCCUUUCUUUUCGUUUUUUUCUUCUUCAUUGGAGGAGUCCAGUCUGAUGAAUUCGCCGAAAAAAGACGGAGACGAUGAUGUGCCCGUUAAAGACCCGGUGAAAUACGGAGAACUGGUCAUUUUAGGGUACAAUGGCUCUCUGCCGAGCGGAGACCGUGGGCGCAGAAAGAGCCGCUUCGCUCUUUACCGAAGAGCGAAGGCCAACGGUGUCAAACCCAGUGCUGUGCACAUCCUCAACACACCGCAGGACAGCAAGGUGGUGCACAGCAGGGGGCAGCACAGCAUUUCUUUCACACUGUCCCGUAACCAGACUGUGGUGGUGGAGUACUGCCAUGACAACAGUACAGACAUGUUCCAGAUCGGACGGUCCACAGAAGGUCCCAUUGACUUUGUGGUGACUGACACCUCUGGAGGGGGAAAGGAAGGAGAGGACCCCUCCAUCGCUCCCAGCACUAUCUCCCGGUUUGCCUGCAGAGUGGUGUGUGAGCGCAACCCACCUUACACCGCACGCAUUUACGCCGCAGGCUUUGACUCAUCCAAAAAUAUCUUUCUAGGGGAGAAAGCAACCAAAUGGAAAAAUCCCGAUGGGCACAUGGACGGUCUCACCACCAACGGGGUGCUGGUGAUGCACCCUGAAGGUUUCCCAGAGGACCCCAAGCAGGGUCUGUGGAGGGAGAUCUCCGUGUGUGGAGAUGUUUAUGCGCUGCGAGAAACACGCUCUGGGCCCAGUCGGGGCAAACUGGCAGAGGGGGAGAGCAGCGCAUUGCGUGAUGGCUCCCUGGUGGAUCUUUGUGGCGCCACUCUGCUGUGGCGUACAGGGGAAGGACUCAUGCGCGCUCCCACUCUGCGUCACCUGGAGGCCCUUCGUCAGGAACUGAAUGCGUCCCGUCCUCAGUGUCCUGUAGGUCUCAGCACGUUGGCCUUCCCGAGUUUACCACGCAGCCACAGCCUUGAAGAGCGCCAGCCCUGGGUCUACCUCACCUGCGGCCAUGUCCACGGACGCCACGACUGGGGCCAGAGAUCCGAAAGAGAGGAGGAACGGAGAGAGGGCGAGGGCUCCGCGAUACGCAGAGAAUGUCCACUGUGCAGAAGUGUGGGUCCCUAUGUGCCGCUGUGGCUGGGCUCUGAGCCUGCGGUGUACGUGGACGCCGGAGCUCCCACUCAUGCUUUCGUACCGUGUGGCCACGUCUGCUCAGAGAGGACAGCCAAAUACUGGGCCGAGACCCCUCUGCCCCAUGGGACACACGCAUUCAGGCCCGUCUGCCCCUUCUGCUCCGCCGCCCUUAGCACCCCCGGCUGGAUACGGCUCAUCUUCCAGGGCCCCAUCGACUAACCACACCUCAGUAACCACUAUCCCAACAACAGGAAGCUACUGGGCUUCAUUCGGGUGGCAAACGUUAAAUGAGUAAGGAAAGGUAAAAAAAAAAAAAAACAAUCGGUGUUGAGCAUAGCUGUUAUUACGCGUUCUUAGUAUCUCUACUCUCCAACGUUGUGUUACAGAAUGUAGCUCGGUGCUGAGGAAUCCGUCCCCUUGUUUAUCCUUCAGAGCUUUAAGAGGACGUGGCAGACUAAUCAGUGCUAACACAAAGAUAGUCUAAACUAACAAAAAGUGUACGCUGAUUUUCGUUACAUUGAAACCUAAACAGAACCGUAGGUGAUGCUGCUUGACCUUUAAAAAAUGCGUUUUCUCAAUAUUAUAAGAUGACUCAGCCCCACUGUACUGUAACUAUACACUUUAUCAGGUUCAAACACCCUCUUAGUCCUCUUCGGAUGACAGAGUGUGACAUCACAGGUAGCUUUUUUGCACAUACAAAAUGAAUGGCCUUGACUGUCGAUUUUCCAGCGUUAACUGCAGAUGUGUAUGUUGAGAGUCCACUAGCACUUCUCCAGCUGAUAUUAUACAAGUUGCCACAGUUAUUCCAGCGAACCUUUUCUUUUAACCGAAAUGGUCUCAGCUUCACCUUGAUUUUAACUUAAUUGCCUUCGAUUGCUUUUACCAUCUUCACUAGUUUUUUUUACUGACACCCUCUUUAUAUAUCACUGAUCUCAACACCAUGUUUCAGCCUGAAGCGAAAGGCUGAUGAACAUGGCAAAGCAACAUUCAACCUAUCCAUUAAGGAGAGAUAUAUAUCUAUGAAAUUGUGCACGUUGUUCUCCACAUUUGUCUUCACAAAUCCUAUUACUGUUAAAUCUAUGCACAGAUACUCCUGUAAACGAAACCCCAUGGUGACCUCUCAAUCGCCAGAGUGAGUGUUAUAUACGGCGCCUUUCAAAAGUGUUCACACGCCUUAAACUUCCUUACGUUUUGUCAUUUUACAAAAUGGGAUUUUAUGUGACAGACCAGCACAAAGUAAUGUAUAAUUAGGGAGUGGAAGAAGAAUCAAAAUGGUAAAUGUUUUCUUCACGCCCUGCCUCAGAAAACCUUCAAACAAAAAGCUAUGAGUCAAAGAGAAACAUAAAUGAAUAAAUAAAUUAGGACUGAAACAAUGAAUCGGACUAAUGCUGAUUAAUUGAUUACUGAAAAAAAUCGUCAAUUUAUUUAGUUUAUGGACUCUAAAAUAUGCCAUUUGCUGAAAGAACAACCCACUCAGAGCAGAACUUAGGACAAAAUUGUACAACAAAUAAAUACAUUAAGUAUUUAAGAUGAAAACCUUCUCUGUCUGUAAAUAUACGCGGUCCAGAACUCCUCAACUAGCAUAGUUUUAGCUUCACCUGAUUCAAAUUCUGUAAAAGAAUCUCCUAUUAAGCACCUUUAGCUAUCAGAUUAUUUAUUGAUUAAUCAAAAAAAUAGUCGACAGAUUAAUUGAUUAGCAAAAUAAUUGUUAGUUGCAGCCCUAAAAUAAAUGAAUAAACCUGAAUGCAUCAUUCACACGGUGAAACUUGGUGGCGGCGACUUUAUUUUUUUUUCCAGUGAAGACCUGUCAGGAGUUGAUGGAAGAUGGAUGGAGCUAAAUAUGUUCGUUUCAUGCAUGAAAAAAUACCAGAGGCAGCAGGGUAAAUACGUAGAGGUCCUACGUAGUGGUUUCCAUCAGAACAUGUGCAUGUGUUAAAAUGGGCCUGUCAAAAUAAAGACCUCAACCCAACAGAGCUGCAGCUUUAACUGCAGCGGAUGGUUGUUGUACAAAGUAAAAACCACCCAUGCUCUACCGUCCACUUCUAAAUCUGGCACAGCUUCGCGCUGGUCCAUCACAUUGAAUCCCAAUGAAGUACAAUGGAGCUUGUGGUUGUAACCUGGCAAUCUGUGUAAAAGUUUAAGGGGUGUUAAUACUUGUGCAAGGAACUAUAAAGUAACCCUAAUUAUGAAGCAAAAUGAGGAUAAACAAAGGCAGGGAAUAAAACUGGGUUAACUUCAGUUCACAACUCUCCAAAGCAAUAAUUGCACUUACAGAGAUAAGCUCAUGUUCAGCCAGGUGUUAGGUCGGCUGUUCCUAGAAGCACGAGGGGAAAGGUUUCCAGGUUUGGAGCUCAAUUAGAGGUGUGUUCAGUUCACCAGAUGAUGUGUGGUGUCCUCAUCAUCUUCCAACAUGUGUGAACCUCAGACCACCGCUUCUGUUUUAAACACGCCUCAGGUUACUGAACUUCUUCUAACAGGGUCCAUGUUGGUGUGACGGAGGGUCGGGACGCUUUGUUCUUGUAUGACCUCAAAAAGAAAAACUUUUGAUUCAAAGAAAACUAUUUUGUUAAGAAAGGGGGAGGGCGUUUAUUUUGGGGAAGUGGGAGGGAUUCUUUUAGAUGUUCAGUGUUUAAAAAAAAAAAAAAAAGAAAUAAAAUCAAACUAUUUUUCUAUUUGCAGUCAGUUUAGUUAAUUAUUCCUAUAUAGUGUGAGCAGGUUGUGCCCAGCUAUAACUGUGUGGUAGAUUAGGAGAGCCCGUGAAUGAGAAGACGUUGCCAACACUGUGUCCACUUCCACACUGCUACCAGAGAACAUUGCCCAGACAAUGAAUGUAGCCAAAUACUCGGGCUAUGUUUAGCCUUCGCUGGUGCUCAUACUGAACGGUCUAUAUUGUGAUACUAUUUUUGUAACUGAAUAUUAUGGUGUAGCUUGGUGAACUAGCUUGAAAAGGUGUGGUGAUUUCAAUAAUAGCCUCAAGUGUGGAAGACAUUUAGUUGUACAUGGGAACGUUGUCCAGCUUGCAUGUGCUGAACAUACACAUACGGUAUUUACACCACAGGGACACUUCAUUAAAAAAAAAAAAAGAAAUUUUGCACGGUGGUUCGCGAACUCGUUACUCACGCUGAGCGAAGAUUUCACAAGUAACGUUGUCUUCCAAGUCUUCAGUUUAAACACGCUUCUUUUCUUGUUUUGUGCUGUCGUUUCAAGGGAAAAAUAAGUUUAAAAGAGUCGCACAAAAAAAAAACAAAAAAAAACACAAUACUUGAUAUAACUUCGUAAAUGACACCUCUUGUGCUACUAUGCUAAUAUUUUCCAAUAAUCAGUUGAUCGACUUGGAGUAUGUUUACAUUCAGCCGUGAAACACAUCCUAAAAUACUUAGACGCAUACUGUUUUCGGAAUGUGACGUUUUUUCCAUUUGAAGCCUGAAUGCAGGAUUUAUUGUGUGGUGGAUAAGUGAUGUUGUGAUAAUAACAGUAGCUCAGGAAUAGUGAUCUCAGACUCGUAGCUAGCGGGGCAAGCCUACUGAAUAUGUUAAGUCAGAAGAUUUUUGAAAAUAUUCAACGCGACGCAGCUGUUUAAGGUUAAGAAGGCAUGACCAGUGGUGUGAUGUGACCUAGAGAGGUGAGUUUAUGUAAAACUGCUCUACCAUAAUUCAUUUAUGAAAAACUGGUACAUUUUUUAAAAAGUAUUUCUCACCUGUAAUUUUCCCAAGAAGUACGCACCCCAUAUUCUGUAUGUAAUUGGCUUACGGCUCAUGAUGUAUAAAUCGAACCGAUCCAGUUUAUGAAGGCAUCAAGCACUAGGAUGUCCAAAGCUGGACUAUACCUUCGCCAUUAUAAUGAAAGUAACUCGGACUUGUAUCUCCUGACUAUCUCAGAUCUAAGGAAGGGUUGUGCAAAGUGCAGCCUGCUGCCAAUUUCCCGUUCUUGUUGCAGAGAACAGACUGAAAAUAAUACCUAGCCCAAGAAAAUACAAAACAAUUGACCCAAAAAUCUGGGAAAUUUUUGUGCCUUUUCUUUUUUUUUUUUUUUGCCCUUUUCACGUUUCUGGUCAAGGAUUUACAAAAAUCAGAACACUUUGUUUAUUUCAUUAUAUUGCCUGUUAAGUUUAUAUUUAAGCAGGUAAAAAUAAAAAUGAAAUCACAAUAAAUUAUUUUUGCUUUUUGAUUGAAUAGAAAUGAAACGUUUUGUGGCAUAAAAGUACUUUUAAAUUGAACAUUUUAGCCUAUGUGGCACUCUAAACUAUACUGCACCGCACUGGUCAUGAUCACCAAAGGUCUGGUACAUACAGGUCUUUAUACAGCGCCAUCCUCUGUUAUUGGCACCUCUGGUAAAACUGUAAAUCCUUAAAUUAAGUUGUUGCUAUGGAGACUUAACUAAAGAAGCCGCCUAUUACUUUUGUGGAUUUAUUUGAAGGUUUUCUACCCAUCUAUACCAAUAAGUUUGCCAAUAGGUGUGGAGGGUGCUGGUAAUAAAGAAAGAGAAAGAAACAGGCAACAGGCAAGGCCAGCUAUCAGCUGCUCUUUAUGAAUUGUGUCGACCUCAAUGAAUUUUGCUCAUAUAUUUACAAAAUCUGUAACAGCAAUGGCAUGUGGAUGGAUGAACUGUUGCAGCACCCUCAUUUUGCUUUUUGUUUGUGCCUUUUUCUCUUCUCUUCUGUAAUAUUUGGUUAUGUUUAGUCUUCCUGGGUUUAUAGAUGUUCAUGUGUUAUUUUCUCGAUUUCCUUUAGAUCUUAGUUUUUGUGCAAACCUCAUGCACAGUAUUUUAUACCACCCGUGAUACAGUAUCAUAAGCUCUUCACAAAUAUAGCUGGUUUGUUAUCAUGUUUAUCAAUUGAUCCUUGUUCCAGAUGGCAAAGCCUCAACUUCCUCAACUAAACUCUCCUUAAUGUAGGCAGGUGAGUAGCUUACAUGUCUAAUACAGCAGAAAACCUCACAAAUAAUGCAUUCCUUCGAAUAUAUCUUAUGUACAGCUAUUUUGUAUUAUUUUAUAUCAUGUUUUUCUGUAAUUGUCCGGUGCACAGACAAUCACUAUACACAUGUCAAUAAACCAGAUUAAAAGAAGAAAACA